GUAGYAGUCUGUUAUAUAAGAUACCGUUURACUAAAAUAAGAGUUUUAAGUAUUCACUUGAWAUGUUACGUUGCGCAUCGUGUUUCUGACGGGCGGAUUGAUCCGUGAACGCAGCGCAUCCCACAUCCCUUUAUUUCCUGAGAGGAGGAGCGACCCGGUGAGCGGACCGUCGCUGCCCMGCUACCCGGAGCUAACGGAGCCGAGAUUCUCUCAACUGCGAGUCGAGACAUUAAAAUCAAAUGCCUCUAUGAUCCAAUUAACCUCACAACGAGAUACAAGGUGUUCAGUUUACGCAAGAAGUGAGCCAUGGCUGAACAGAAUUCCUCCCGCCCCCAAAGGAAGAUGUCCACCUCGGGAGAGAGCGUGUACAAGGUGCUAGGCCUUGAGAAAGGAGCUUCAGCAGAAGAAAUCAAAAAAGCAUACAGAAAACUCGCUCUGAAGUACCAUCCAGACAAGAACCCCGACAACCCAGAAGCAGCGGAGAAGUUCAAGGAGAUCAACAACGCCAACUCGAUUUUAAACGACGAGAACAAGAGGAAGAUUUAUGACGAGUAUGGCUCCAUGGGGCUUUACGUGUCUGAACAGUUCGGAGAGGAGAGCGUUAAAUAUUACUUCCUCAUGUCCAAAUGGUGGUUUAAGAGUCUGUUGCUGUGCUGCACAGUUUUCACCUGCUGCUGCUGCUGUUGCUGCUGCUGUUUGUGCUGCGGGAAGUGCAAACCUUCCGAUGACGAAGAGAGCUAUCAGUACGUCGACCCCGAGGACCUGGAGGCCCAGAUCAGGGCGGACCAGGACGGAGGUACUACUGUAAUUAUAAUCCAGCCCACUUCUAAUCUGGGUCCAGAGACCCCAGAAGACCAGAGUAAGYCCAUCCCCCUGCCCUUGCCUCCACCCGAGCCCCGCUGUCCGAGCUCGGCUAACGCAGCGGGCGCAGAAAACCCAGAGGACAACUAACCAGAGUCCCAGUGACUCAAGAAACGUCUUCGAGGCACGACAUCCUUCAGGAAGUGACGUCACCGUAUCAGGCGUCUAGAGGAAACGACAUCAACGCGUCUUUGGCACAAACGAAAG